AUGAAAAUUCUGUUUGAGGAUGGAAGAGUUAAAGUAGAAGUCCCUGAGGAAGAAAUAGCCAAAUUAUUUGUGAUUAAAGAAGUAGAACCCACCCCUAUCCCUGAGGAGGUGGAACAGGCUGUGGUACCAUGGGUAUGGGAGACAGGAGUCCCGGGGAAGUCCAAAGCUGCUCAACCAGUAAUAGUGGAAUUAAAAGAAGGGUCAAAACCUGUAAUUAUAAAACAGUAUCCUAUUAAACUUGAAGCCAAAGAAGGGGUCGCUCCUCUCAUAGCCCAAUUUCUAACACAAGGAAUACUGGAAGAAUGUGAAUCAGAAUACAAUACCCCUAUUUUCCCCGUAAAGAAGCCUAACGGUAAGUAUAGAUUGGUACAGGAUUUACGGGCAAUUAAUAACAUUGUUAAGGAUAUUCACCCGGUGGUUGCAAAUCCAUAUACUCUGUUAACAUCUGUGUGUGAAAAAUUUAAAUGGUUCACUGUGAUUGAUUUGAAGGAUGCAUUCUUCUGCAUUCCCUUGGCAUUGCAAAGUAGGAAAUAUUUUGCCUUCGAAUGGGAAAGCCUAGACACCGGUCAUAAGAAGCAACUCACCUGGACAAGAAUUCCCCAAGGAUUUAAAAACAGUCCCUCGAUAUUUGGGAAUCAGUUGGCAAAAGAAUUGGAAGGAUGGCAGAUGACGGAGGUAAGAGACUCACCGUCCUCAUACGUGAUUUUGCAGUAUGUCGAUGAUAUUUUUCCAGCCACUGAAGAGAAAGAAUUGUGUUUGAAACUUACAAUAGCAUUGUUGAACAUGCUGGGCCAGGCUGGAUAUCGAGUAUCAAAGGAAAAAGCACAGCUAGUAAAGGAAAGUGUGAUUUACCUGGGUUGUGAAAUCAUUCAGGGUCAGAGACGGUUGGGAAUCAACCGAGUGGAGGCCAUUUGCGCCAUCCCGCUCCCGAGGAGUCAUCAAGAAUUAAGAUCUUUCCUGGGGAUGGUAGGACGGUGUCGAUUGUGGAUUCCGAAUUUCGGGUUACUAGCAAAACCAUUGUAUGAGGCCCUGAAGGAACCACAGCUGAACUGGGACAGGUUAAGGAAGAAUGCCUUUCAGAAUUUAAAGCAAGCCCUGAAGGAGGCCCCGGCUUUAGGGCUCCCGGAUCUAAGCAAGGACUUUCAGUUGUACGUGAAUGAAAGACAAAAAUUGGCUCUGGGAGUGUUAACCCAACGGAUCGGGUCAUGGAAACGCCCGGUGGGAUACUUCUUGAAGCAGCUGGACACAGUUAGUGCUGGUUGGCCGUCGUGCUUGCGGGUGGUUGCGGCCACGGUGAUCCUCAUUCAAGAAGCCAGAAAAUUGACAAUGGGCAAGAAAAUGGAGGUAUUUGUGCCCCAUAUGGUACUGGCUGUUUUGGAACAAAAGGGGGGUCACUGGUUAUCAUCUAGCCGAAUGCUGCAGUACCAAGCCAUAUUGAGAGAGCAGGAUGAUGUAGAAUUGAAAAUAACUAAUCAUAUCAAUCCAGCAGAAUUUCUCCGCAGUGAACAGGAGGAAGGGGAAUUGGCACAUGAUUGUGUGGAGGUAAUCGAGCAGGUAUACGCGAGUCGGAUGGAUCUUAAGGACACACCAAUGGAAGAUCCAGAUUGGGAACUGUUUACGGACGGAUCAAGCUAUGUGGAAAGUGGUACCAGGUAUGCAGGGUAUGCCGUGGUGACUGUUCAUACGGUGGUAGAGGCAAAAGCCUUACCUCCUGGCACCUCAGCUCAGAAGGCAGAGAUAAUUGGGCUUAUACGAGCCCUUAUUCUGAGUACUGGAACGAAGGUUAACAUUUGGACCGAUUCUAAAUAUGCCUUCGGGGUAAUCCAUGUACAUGGGGCAUUGUGGAAGGAGAGGGGACUACUCAGUUCACAGGGAACUUCUAUCAAAUACAAAGAAGAAAUCUUAGCCUUGCUGGAAGCAGUACACAGGCCGACAAAAGUUGCGGUGAUGCACGUAAGAGGACAUCUGAAGGAGGAAGGAAAAAUUUAUCGUGGAAAUGAUUUGGCAGAUGUGACAGCUCGAAAGGUGGCACGAGAGGUAUGGACUCAGAUGGCAUUAAUACCUGUCAAGGUAAGCCCAGUGAAUCCCUUCCUAAACCAGGCACCUAAAUACACAACAGACGAUGAGAAGCUGGCAACGUUAUUGAAUGCACAAAAGAACACGACUGGAUGGAUAAAGCCCAGAGAGAGGUUGGGAGUAAGUCCUUAUGAGAUUCUAUAUGGGAAACCUUAUCAUGCUACUGUACUGAAGGGAGAUUUGCAUGUACAAGGGGAUCAAGUGAUAUUUAACUAUGUAAUGUCACUAAACAGAACUCUCAACAGCCUACGGGGAGCCCUGCAGUGGAACCGACCUCUACCACUGGAGAAUCCCGUCCAUGACAUCCAGCCUGGUGACCGAGUGUAUGUGAAAAACUGGUUUAUGGAUCCACUGAAAGAAACAUGGGACGGUCCUUACCAGGUGAUCCUGACGACAUACACAGCAGUAAAGGUGGCGGGAAUCGACACCUGGAUCCACUACACUCGAGUCAAGAAAACUCCAACACAAUGGGAGGCUCAGAUGGUCUCCCCGACGCGAAUGAUAUUUCGCGCAAAGCCGCAUUCUUAA